AUGUCUCGACGGGAGGAGGGCGGAGCCUCGGGAGCAGAGAAGCCCCAGGACUGGAGAGGCUUGAGUUGCAAAGGGCAAGAAGCUGAAUCUCCUUCAAUGCAGAGCCUUGUGACCUUUGAAGAUGUGGCUGUGUAUUUCACAAAGGAGGAAUGGGCUUUGCUGGAUCCUAACCAACGAGCUUUGUACAAGGAGGUCAUGAUAGAGAAUUACGGGAAUCUCACUUUGCUGGGAUUUCCAGCUCCGAAACCUGGGCUUGUCUUACGUCUGGAACAAGGAGAGGACCCUUGUGUGCCGGAGGCUCACACGUUUGAUGGAAGGAAAAUCUUUGACACCAGCUCAGAUAACCCUCGGAAAAAGCACUUAUGCACCGUGUGUGGCAAACGUUUUACUCAGAAACCAAACCUAACCAGACACAUGAGAAUCCACACGGGAGAAAAGCCGUACAAAUGCCUGGAAUGUGGCAAAUGCUUUGGUUGCCAUUCGCACCUCAUGAGCCACCAGAUCGUCCACACUGGUGAAAAACCCUACAAAUGCUUGGUGUGUGAUAAAUACUUUGGGCGCAAAGCCCACCUUGCCAGGCACCAAGGGAUCUAUGCAGGGGAGACGCCCUAUAAAUGCUUGGAGUGUGGGAAACAUUUCGCUUGCCAGUCGCAGCUUGUGAUCCACCGGAGAUAUCACACGGGGGAGAAACCGUAUAAAUGCUUAGAGUGUGAGAAAGGUUUUGCUGACCCAUCUGCCUUGGUGAGCCACAAGAGAAUCCAUGCGGUGGAGAGGUCUCAUAAGUGCCUGGAGUGUGGCAAGAGUUUUGUCCAACAGUCCCACCUUUUGAAACACCAGCGAGUCCACACUGGGGAGAAACCGUACCAGUGUCCAGAGUGCGGAAAAUGUUUUGCCGAUCGCUCUGUCUUUGCCAAACACCAGAGGGUCCACACCGGAGAGCGGCCCUAUAAAUGUGCAGAUUGCGGAAAGACAUUUGCCCGCCAAGAACACCUUGGGAGCCACCGCAGAGUUCAUACUGGGGAGAAACCCUACAAAUGCUUGGUGUGUGGGAAAACUUUUGCCCGUCAGUCCCACGUCGUGAGCCACCAGAGAGUCCACACUGGGGAGAAACCGUGCAAGUGCCUGGAGUGUGGCAAAUGUUUUUCUGAACGCUCGACAUUUGUACGGCACCAGAGGACACACACGGGAGAGAAGCCCUAUCGGUGCUUAGAUUGUGGGAAAUGUUUUGGCUCCCCGUCCCACCUCACAAGGCACCACAGGCGGCACACGGGUGAGAAGCCCCACCGGUGCUUGGAGUGUGGAAAAGCCUUUGCCGAUCGCUCGGCUUUUGUGAAGCACCAGCGGGUCCACACAGGCGAGAAGCCCUACAAGUGCAUCGAGUGCGGGAGAUGCUUCGCUAACCGGACACAUCUUGUUACCCACCAGCGGGUCCACACAGGAGAGAAACCCUAUGCCUGUCUAGAAUGUGGGAAAAAAUUCAGCGCAAAUAGAAGCCUCAUUCACCAUCAGAGGCAACACAUAGGCUAUCCUCUGACACAAUGUGUGGAGAACAUUUUGUUGACCAAACAAACUUUGUGUGACACUGGAGAAGCUGUUCAGGAGAAGAAACUGUAUGAAUGGCUCUCAACUGGCAAAUGGCUCGCCCUUCCUCAGAAGGAAGGAGUCCACACAGAAGGGAAGACCUUGGGCACAUCCUGAAAACAAUGGUGCAUUGGUUGAAGAACUCAAAGUGGGCCAUUCUAAGUUCAUCGGUCUUAGUGACAAUUUUUUGAAAAUUGUUGCUGUUUCAGAUAUCAUUACUCAGAUACUGACUUUGAUAUUCAAAGCAUGAUUGAUUUAGAUGUUAUAAACUAGUGACUUUAGCAUUGCUUGUCAGCUGUGAAAAACUACUACAGUUGGUUGUCCACAUUCGUGGUUUUGACUUUUGCAAAUUUGAUUAUUCAUAAAUUUGAUUUAAAAAUAUCAUUGCUAGGAAUCCCUAGGUCUUCCAGUGCAAUUCUAUGAUCAGCUUCCAGAAAGAUUUUCUCUCAGAUAAAAGGAAAAAAUACGUUAUUCAUGGUUUUUCACUUUCACAGGGCUCGUCCUUUAGCCUCAGUGAAUAUGGAGGACUGACUAGUAGAUGCUAUUGCAUGACUACAGUAUUCCCAAACAAUACAUUUCACUUCUUUUCAUCUGCCGAACAAUAAAGAGUGUUGCAUGUCAGUGAUAAAAGUACUAGUAUUUUGUAUGCAAGGUUAUUUACAUAUACUUAAAAUCUCCAUACCUCUGCAUGGUAGCGGUCAGAUUUAUCAUAAUACCUUUGCAUGCUAACUCGGAAACAUAGUCAAAUGCUGUUAUUGUUGCAUGUCAGCUAUUAAUUAGUAGUGCUUCUGCAUGCAAAUGAAAUCUUUUCAGGUACCCUUUGGGAGAUAUCAUAUGGGGUCUACAAAUUUACUAGCACUACAGAUUUCACAUUUUGCCUAUUGGACUCUGCUCCAACUUUGAAGGGCAUUUUUCAGAAUGUACAAAAAUAGAUUUCCCAGGAUCUGCAUAGGGCUUGGAGUUCUGUUCAGCAGAUUUGAGAGAGGUCACACACAGGUUAAAGAUUUCGACUUUUUCUAGUUAUAAGAAGGUGUUUUGUACCAUGAGGUCAUGGGCCCAUUCUAGUGGAGUAUCAUCUGCUCUGUCUAUUGUAAACUCCAGGGCUUUUUGAGAGGGUUCUUUCCGGAACUGAAUUCACAACCUUCUUUAUGCAAAGCAUGUGGUCUUCCACUUAUUUGGAACCCCUGUGAGUAGUUUGCCUUAGACAAAGGCUUUCCAGACCACCUCCUGCCUUCUUCGUUGCUUGUGGAUAUAGCGAAUGUGGGUCUUUCGUGUGCUACGCAGCCUACUAUGCCCCAUCUAAACUGGGCUACUGUUCCUCAGGUGUAGCGGAGGAGACCAUCCUGUCACCAGGAUUAAAUCUGCCAACUGGGUUGGUGUUUGGACAUGGUGAGCAAACUAUCUGGGACUUUUCCUCAGGCACCCAAUAUCCUUUUCCAGUCUUAUCUUGGAAAUGCACAAAGAACCCUCUUUGGUGUAAGGGAUGGCAUCAAGAAAGACAUUACAACGACAAAGAAGUGUGUACCUCAUUCCCAAGUUCAGGUUCAGAAGCGACUUGAGAACAUACUGCAAGUCGGUUCUGGUGUGAGAGAAUUGGCUGCCUACAGGGCUGUUGCCCAGGGGAUGCCAUCCUGCUGCGAGGCCUCUGUCAUGUCCCCACAAGCUGACAAGACAGACGCUCACCCCGUCUCGUGAAUUUGAACCAGCAACAUUCAGGUCAGCAGUCCAGCCGGCACAAGGGGUUUAACCCGUUGUGCUACUGCGGCUCUUUUGCCAAGUUCAGUGAGAUUGUUUCUAGAGCAGAGCUUUCCAAUCAAUUCAUAUUUUUGACUCGUACAUCAUUUUGCAAUACAGUAAUUCAGUCUUACUGACAAGCCGGAGAUUAAACCAACUCCUUAUAAGAGAGACGGACACAUUCAUCAAUUGUAAUAACAUCUAUGUCAUAAAAACGUAUUUAUAAAAAUAUGAUUUACUUCUUAUUUCACAUAGACUUAGAGGUUUCUUGUUAGAUUCAUGCAACACAUCUGCAUAUGGCAGCCAAUGCACAAAUAAAUGUGUCAAGACCCAGAGUCUGGAAAGCUCUGUUGUAGCUCUGGAAACCUUCUGGUUGGACAGCUCAGUUUUAGAGCCAGUGUGGGGUUGGACUGGAUGGCUGUUGAGGUCUCUUCCAAUUCUGUGAUUCUAAGAUAGGGGAGUCUUGGGUUGAAAUCCCCUUCGGCUGUGAAAGGAGCCAACCUUGGGCCAGUCACAUAUUUUUUGCUGGCCCACUUCUAAGCCAUGUGUAUUUUCAGAGCUCUGGAAGAAGAGUAAGAUUCAAAUACUGUAGAACAAAAAUGCACAAAAUAUGUGUACAGUAGAGUCUCACUUAUCCAAGCUAAACGGGCCAGCAGAAGCUUGGAUAAGCGAAUAUCUUGGAUAAUAAGGAGGGAUGAAGGAAAAGCCUAUUAAACAUCAAAUUAGGUUAUGAUUUUACAAAUUAAGCACCAAAACUUCAUGUUAUACAACAAAUUUGACAGAAAAAGUAGUUCAAUACGCAGUAAUGUUAUGUUGUAAUUACUGUAUUUACGAAUUUAGCUCCAAAAUAUCAUGAUAUAUUGAAAACAUUGACUACAAAAAUAGCUUGGAUUAUCCAGAGACUUGAAUAAGUGAGGCUUGGAUAAGUGAGACUCUACUGUACUUGUGUGUGGUUGAGGAGGACCUGAAGUGGCUUGUGAGAGAGCCUGGUGGUAGAAAGUGCCAAGAAAAAUUAGAAAGAAAAGGGAUUACAUCAACUCAGCCCAGCCUGGAUGUUAGACAAUAAUUCCUACCAUCCCCAGCCAGCAUGCUGCCUGAGGAUAGACUGAGUUGCAGUUCAAUCUCACCUGGAGCAUCCUAGGUUGUGGAAGACUUGAAUGCCAUGUUCUUGGGAUAACGGAGCCUCACAUUUCCACAAUUGAGAGCUGACUCCCAUGGGUGCCUUUUCGUCAAUGACGGACUGGAUCCGCACAAUCCAGUCAUGUAGUAGAUGGUAUCUCAGUCUUUAGAGAUGAAUGUUUAGAGCAUGGAAAUCAACUGACUUCUGUUUCAAGGAGUGGUUAUGUAUAAUUUACUUUAUACCUUGCUCACCUUGUCUUCACUGUGGUUAAUAAAUGCAUUCUUUUUAUUGUAA